UUUCAGCUUCGAGAUUACACCAGAGAUUACUAAACGAACAUAAGUCCAGAUGUCACAUUUUGACAAUGGUGAAUGGGAAUGAUGGGAUUAUAAAUAUAUUAAAUGUAAUUAAAUAAAACUCAACUUAACUCGAACCCAUGAGUGUCUGUGUGUGUUUCUUGUGCUAGUAAUAUAGUUUCUACGAAACAUAUCAUGUGGAAAUGCCACAAGUGUCACAAACCAGUAUAUUUUGCUGAAAGAAAACAGUCUCUGGGGUAUAACUGGCACCCGGAAUGUCUGCGGUGCGAAGAAUGUGGCAAAAGGCUCAAUCCUGGACAACAUGCAGAACAUAAGGGAGUUCCCUACUGUCAUGUGCCCUGUUAUGGGGCUCUAUUUGGGCCUCAGUUGUUCGGUCACGGAACUAGAGUGGAAUCUCAUAAGAGUUUUGGUGCCCAGAAUAACUCGCCAAAGUUCAAUAAUGGUCCUGUUCUUCCUAGGUCUCAUUUGGAGUCAAAAAUCAAGGUCUAUAAUCAGUUUUAUGAAGGUAAGAGCGGGGAAAUUAGGUCUAGAGAAGUAAAUGGUAGAUUUAUUCUGGAGGGUUCGUUAAGAAUCCAUUGGGGCAUCCAGGGAGUGAUUCAUCUCAAAGAAAAUGAUGACCAGAGGACAGUAGUCACUGUUAGAAAGAGAAAUUCCUACAGAUCACCCAGUCCGGAGUAUGACACUGAUGAUGACAUCCAAAACAUAUCACGGGAUAGCAGUUACAAUGAAAUCUCAAGUUGUUCUGACGAUCUUACAAGGUCUGAUACAGGUAUUGAGAGUGGAUCUGAAUCUUUAGACAUAAGCGUGACUGAUAGUGCUUCUUCCUCUCCCCAAAAUGUUAUAAAAAGUGUGACAUUGCCUUCCAAAUUAGAUGUUAAGAACAUGGAAUGGGACGAACUUGAUGAACUGCUUUGUGUAGAGAGAAAAGUGGAUGUUUCUGAACACAUUUAUCAGACUAUGCCUGUUACCCUACCUUCACAAGUUAGUACUGAGAGUUCAAGUGGUUCUAGCAAUAGUACUAAGACUGAGAGUGUAUCACAGACUAUAAGGAACGACAGCACAGAUGUGACCAUCAGAAAUGACACUACAUACACAGAUAGCACCUUGAAAGCCCCACUUACCAACGGUACUAAUAGUCAAGAAAAAGUUCCUCUUUUAUCUCCAUCUUUAAGCAAGGAGGAUGCUUGGCUGAUGCAGAGCAAUCAUUUGAACAGGUCUAUGUCUGGUCCUGACUGUUUAGGACGUGUUAGGGAUGCCCAAUCACCAGAAUUUGAUAGGAGUAGCAUGGCAAGUAUGGAGUCUACCAUGACGGAGCAGGCAGAAGAAGUCGUGUUGAGAAGACCUUAUAAAGGUUCAACUGCAAUAAAACGAAGACCCGGAAAACGAUUGUCGAGAAGUAAAGUAAAACGUAGAUGCUCCAUCAAUGGCCAUUUUUAUGAUAGAGAAACUAGCUUUUUCACUCCGCCCCACGGCAGUCAGAUGAGCGUGUGGGUCACAUCACUAGUCAAUACCAAUGAAGUUAUCAAUUUGUUGUUAGAGAAAUAUAAGGUGGAAAGCGAUGCACAUAAUUUUGCAUUGUUUGUUGUAAGAGAUAAUGGAGAACAACGCAGACUGAAAGAGGACGAAUACCCUCUCCUAGCAAGAGUCCUAUUGGGACCUCACGAAGAUGUCGUCAAACUGUAUUUGAUGGACAGCCAUAACACCCCAGAGGUCAGUUGUGAAGUAGCGCAAUUUUUGAAUCUCACUCUAGCAGAAUGCCGCGCCAUUUUGUCGCAAUACUACUCUCAGGAGGAGCGGGAAGUAGCCCGAAUCAAACAGAAAUACGAAGAGAUGAAGUGUAGAAUUUCUCGCAAAUUACACGAAGUCAAGUUCACAGUGUCUUGAUGUUUGUCUAUUUAUAUUUUGUUACGUCUCAUUUAUAUUUAACAUUUUCUUUUUUAUAUACAAUAAUUUUGUAAUACUUAUUAACCCAUUUUUAGAUGUUUUAAGUUAAUUAUUUUUUAUAUCAUUGUGUUUUUGUCUUUUUUAUACUUAUUGUUACGUGUUUAUACUUUUUUUAUAUAUCCUAUUAAUUUAUACUGGGCCUAAUAUCGUACGAAUUGAACUAAAUAUUGGAAUUAUUGUCCUUUUCAUGAGCAUUUUUCAGUGCGUAACAAAUGAUAGGAAAAAGGGUAAGUCCGUGAUAAUACACAUUUAUGACAUUUAUUCUAACAUGACAUUUUAGUUAAAUCUGACAGUUGUCACAUUUUAUUUUCAAUUUGGAAUAAAAACAAAUCAAAUGUGUUUCUUGCAUUUAUAAAAUGGUAUUUUCUUUGAUUUGUAGAGUCUUAUAAAUUAUACAAAUUAUAUUUGUAAUAUUAUUAUCUAAUUAAAAAAAAAUUUUUUUAUUAUGGCGCCAUCUAUCGACAACUAGAAUAACUAGAAUAAAUGUUGUAAAUGUCUGUAAUCACGGACGUGCCUUUUUUUCUGUCACAUACAAUUUAAUGCGUUAGAAAGAAAUCGAAAAACUGUGACGCACUGAAAGAUGAUCAUGAGAAAAAGAAUACCCUCCAAAUUUGCAGUAUAGACCAUUCUAACAUGCUGUCAAGAUUAUGUCAAUAUGGCGGCUGGGGGGAAACAUAAAUUUAUUCUAUCAGUUCUUAAUGUGUUUUAGAUCAUUUUAGUUGCAUUUAUUUGUAGUUUUGUUUUGUACAAGGAUUAAUUUAACAUUUUUACUGGAAUAAUCGAUAGUAUGCUUCAUUUCUGUUGUGUUUUGAAGUGCGUAAUGCGAAAUAAUCGUGAUAAAGUUCAGUUUUAUUGAUUACCAUCAGUGCUGCGUUUUAGACAGAAAACCAACUAAAUAAGUUAUGAUCUGAGAGGCAAAAAAAAUUUAAUAAUAAAGCUAUAAAAUUUCCUAUCAUAAUGCUAAGUAACUAACUAGGGUACAGUUCACCAAAUAUAGCUGAAAGUGAAAAUAACUACUAUCAUGAUGCGCAUUCGUCAAACGACGGACCUCGCACUCGCACUGACUGUCCACACCAUUUAUAUGUGCGUUCUCACUUCAUUGUUAGCGCAAGCAAUGGGAAUUUCACACUUUCAGCUAUAUUUGGUGAACUGUACCUACAAACAACAUCUGUAUUGUCUGCCAACAACUUUCGAAAAUAAUCACUUAUUUUUAUUUAUUCACUGUUUAAAACUAAAUAAAGUCGUUCAAGUACUUCUACAACUAAAAACUACACAAAAUCAACAACAAAAUGUUCUCAAACUACAAUUAGAAAACUAUUAAAAGUGGUAAAAAUUUAAGAAACACAAUAUCAAAAAAAUAUAAACAAAUAAAAUACGUUCGUUCGUGGAGCCUGACGCGGAGUUUUAAUCAUGGCAUGCUCCGCUUUUCGUCCUGACUGUCUAUGCGAAUACACUUAUUAAUUGACCAUUCCAAAUCACGUGAUAUAAUAUGGCCGGAGGAGGGCAAAAAUUUAAUAAUAUAGGGUUUACAUCAGUUUUUGUAAAGAAUAUCCUGUUUGGUUUUGUUUUUUAUUGUUAAUUGUGCAGCGAAAUUGUGAUAGCAAAUAAAUAUAAAGUAGUUUAUCGCCUACAGAACUGAAUUAUCCCAUAGUUGUUAUUGGCACAAACUGGUAACUACUAUGGGAUAAUUUAGUUCUGUAGGCGAUAAACCACUUCAUAUUUAUCCCAAUUUCGCAGAUUUCCCUACACAAUUAACAAAAAAAAAACAACCAAACAGGAUUUUCUUUACAAAUUAAUGUCGAUGUAAACAGUAGAUUUUGCCCUCCUCCGGCCAUGUUCGACAGUUCAUUGGAAUGCCUAAUUUCCUCCCAGCGGUGACAUAAACGUCAAAAUCCUGAAAUGGCCUAUAUGUUUACAGGUUAGGUUAAUGAACCUUUUGUUUUAUAUAUAUUUGGUUCAAUUCGUAUGCCAAUGGUCUAUAGCGCUUUUCAUCGAUUGUCAUUUGUUUCGAGCUUCUGUCAUGUGUCACAUAAUAUUAAUAUAUCUACGCCAUACGUCUUUGAUUUGUAUCAUUGUUAUAUACCAAUAACGUAUGACGUAGAUAUAUUAAUAUUAUGUGACACAUACAGAAGCUCGAAACAAAUGACUGUGAAUGAAAAGCCCUAUUGUGAACGUAUACUCGUAUAAAAUACGAAUUUUUGUUUUACGAAUUUAAGAAGUAGUCAAUUGAUGAAGAAACCCAGCGAAUAUGAGAGUUUUAGAUCAGAAGACUGUAAUAAAUUAAAAAUAGAUGUAAUAUCUUAAUAAUAUAUUAAAUUCAAACUGUUA